ACAAAAUCAGAAAUUGUAGAUGAUUAUUAUGACUGAAUUUAUCAGUUUUUUAGACAAAAUUUGUAGUUGCUCGCGAAAAUGAACCGUUAUUUUUGGCUUAGUAUAUUUAUUUUAAUAUUAACAGAAGGCGGCAUAUCAUUUAAACUAACCACACCGAUGUUUCCAUUAGAAAACAUCCAGUGCGUCGAUUGUGAAAAGGUCAACGAAAAUUGCGAAAUUGAUGAGAUUGGAUUUCACUGCGAGAGUCCUGACGACGCAAAUGCUAUUGCAUACAAUGAAUCCAAAAUUUUGCCGGAACAUUUGCUCAAAUGUGUACCGAAGGGUCAUUAUUUCACCGAAAUAACCAGUGUCCACAAAACAUGCUGCUUUUGGUCACCUGGGUUGGGAUGCCAGGCUGUAACAAGUAAUCACAAACAGCCGGAAUGCUCUAAAUGCGUUGUGGAGGUAACUUCCGGACAAGUAUUUCCCGAGGGCUGCCCAUGUAAAUCUAAGAAAUCUAGUCUGAAAUCAAGUAACGGGCAAAAAAGCCUUUGGAAUCGCCCCAGCCCCUUGCUUCUUAUCAUUGUGACGUUCUAUUAUUUUUUUAGCUCAAGACUCUGAUAAUCGUAACUUUUGUUCGAUU